AUGCUGUCCCGAUGGCUGCCGGCCAUGGCCUUCAUCACUGCCCUUCUCUUGGUAAACCAAGCUCAGGCUCAGUCGGGCUCUGCGGAUAGCAACACGUCCUUUUCCUUCCCUUCCUUCCCGGCGGGAAGCUGCGACACCGGUGGUCGGCUGAGGUGCAUGCACAACAGCAGCGUGCGCGACGGCUACAUCGCCCUCCUCCGUGAAGAGGGCAACGGCACGGACCCCAACCUGCUGCUCAAUAGCAUCGGGCGGGUACUGUACAACCGGCCGGCGAUAACAUGGCCAGCGAGUUUCGACACCAACUUCACCGUCCUCAUCCGCAAGCGCGCCAACGCGACCAACUUCGGGGACGGCAUGGCGUUCGUGAUGACCACCGACAUGCGGCAGAGCCCUCCGCAAAGCUUCGGCGGUUUCUUAGGACUGUUCGACCACAGUACGAAUGGUGAGCCACGGAAUCCAUCCCCUGUAUUUUAUGCCAAUCAAAUAUUAGGGAUCCUUGUCCAAGGCCUGCUUCUUUCAGCCCCCACACUUCCGCGUCGUUCCAUGACUCGAUCCAAAAACCCAAAUUAACGUACUUGUUCUUUAUAAUUUCAAACACAAUGGAUCAAAAAAUGGAAAUUUACUGCCAUUCGGCCAGGAGAUUCGCAAAAGGAAUGUAAUUUAUUUUCAAUUUGAAGUUUUUAGGUGACCUAAAAGAAGUUGAAUUUGAGGUUCCAUGUAUUGCUAUCGACUUCGUGGCUAAUGAAGGGAGGUCGAAGGCCAAUUCAUUCCUAGUAUCCAUUCCAGCUCCAAGCUCCUUUAAUUCACGGCUGUCAGUAUUAAGUGGAAGGUGGGAGUUAGGAGCAGCAACUUGUUUAUCUCAUUUAUCGUUCUUGUUGGACUCCGUCCCUGGGAAUCGAAGCUCCUCUCCUCGCCUGGUCGAUCUUAUCAAAGUUGCGGGUACAAAGUCGAUGCCGUAAGGGAGGCGAUACUUUUCAUUAAGCUUUCUAGUUUAUUUAUGUAAUUGUUUCGAUUUUGAGGGACACGAGAAAUUCUCCGACUGAUAAUUUUGAGCAGUUGAAUAUUUCGGUCUCGGUUUGAUCAAGUUACGGCCACGUGGCAGGGAACACCACGGGGCAGCUGGCCGUGGAGAUCGACACCUUCCGGAACGAGUACGAUACCGCGGACUACCACGUCGCUGUUGACAUCGCUAGCAUCAUCUCUAACUUCACUGCCCCUCUUAGCGACGUCAACGUCCAGUUGAUGAAGGAGAAACCAGUGACUUACAGGGUGAAAUACGAUGGGUGGACGAAGAGCCUCGAGGUCUCGGCGGGAUACGCCGACGAGAGACCCCUCAAGAGCGUUCUCAACUUCUCUAUCGUCAUCGCUCAGAUAAAUCCCAUCUACGUGGGUUUCACUGCGGGCUCGGGUCCCUCGUCCAACUACAGCGAGAGCAUCCGGGUUCUUAGCUGGUACUUCUCCUUCACCCCGCUGCCGGAGUGGUCCCUCCAGGAGCCGGGCGACCGGAAAAGGAACUUGGGCGCCAUUCUCUCCAUCGUCCUAUCGACCGUUCUGGGUGUUCCCUUGCUGGGGCUGCUGAUCCUGCUGGGGGCGAGGAGGUUGAAGAAGUGGAGGAGGUGGCGGUGGCUGGAGGCUCUGUCGAGGACCGCAGCGAGUGCGCCCAAGAUGUACACGUACGACGCACUCUCAAAGGCCACGAGGCACUUCAGCAGCGCAAAUUUAAUCGGCAAGGGAGGCUUCGGCAGCGUCUACAGAGGCCAUCUGUCUAAUCCUCCGUCUGUAGUCGCCGUCAAGAGAAUCUCCGCCACCUCGAAGCAAGGUUCGUCCACAGCUCUCGCUCUCUCUCUUCUUCCCCAUCCCUGCCUCUCAUAAUCUUGUUUGAAUGCGGUGAAUUACGUUCUCCUUCCACUGUUUUAUUGCAAUGCUGUCUGUCUGUUGUCGUUGAUCUUCCCGCUCUUGGUAUCGAUCAGGCGAGAGGGAGUACUUUGCGGAGAUAUGCACCAUCGGCCGUCUCCGUCACAAGAACAUCGUGCAGCUUCAGGGGUGGUGCCACAGCGGCAAGAGCCUCCUCCUCGUCUACGAGUUCAUGCCCAACGGAAGCCUCGACCACCACAUUACCGCCGGAACCCUCGACUGGUCCACUCGCAACCGCAUACUCCUCGGCCUUGCCUCCGCCCUCCUUUACCUCCACGAGGAGUGCGGCGGCACCGUCGUCCACCGCGACGUCAAGCCCAACAACGUCCUGCUCGAUGUCGAUUUCGAGGCCCACCUCGGCGACUUCGGCCUGGCCCGCCUUGCCCAGGGAACAGACCGGAGCACCUCCACUACCGCCCUCGCCGGCACCAUCGGGUACCUCGCCCCCGAGUACGGCUACACCGGCAAGGCCACCCCUGAGUCCGAUGUCUUCAGCUACGGCGUCGUGGUGCUGGAGGUGAUCUGCGGGCGGAGGUCCCUGCUGGGGUUGGACGAUAAUAACCUUUUGGAUCACGUCUGGGACCUCUACGUCUCCGGCGAGCUGCUCAAGGCGGUGGACGCGAGGCUGAAUGGGCUGUUCAACGAGGAAGAGGUGAGGAGGGCUCUCCUUGUGGGGCUCAUGUGCGCCCACCCGAUCCCGUCGAGCCGGCCCAGGUGCAGGCAGGUGGUGCAGAUCCUCGGGAACCUGAACGAGCCGCUGAUGGCGAUGCCGGACACCCGACCGGACACAAUCGUCCCCUCCACGUCCCCUGGGUUCGACGAAAUCACCCCUAUGGACACCGGUCCCAUGACGCCGCCCGUCAGCUCCACGUCGGAAUCCCUACUUGCUCGCUGA